AACAGGGAGCCUCGUGGCUUUGGAUUUGUGAAGUUCCGAUAUGCGGAAGAUGCAGCUGAGGCUAAGCAGCAAGUGAAUCAUACUGUUAUCGGAGGACGUGAGAUAAGAAUUGUUUUUGCUGAGGAGAACAGAAAAACUCCUCACGAGAUGCGUGUGACUGAGCGUGUGAGUGGGCGACACAGGGAAAGAAGGAGAAGUACAUCAAGGUCUCCAAGACGCCACAAUCAUUCUUACUCGAGGUCACCAACACCAGAUAGGCAUGACUCAAGGAGCCGUGGGGCAAAGGAUCGAUACCAGUCUCCAAUGCAAUCUGGGUCUGUACCACAUUCUCCAUAUCCUCAGGAGCACAAGAUUAAGCGGUCUAGUAAGAGGUCUCCAAGUCCAAGGGAAGAUAGUCGAAGUCCCAUUCUGGAGAGGGGUUAUCCAGCAAGCAGGUCUCAGAGUCCAAGGGGCAAUAUUCGCAGUCCUUCGAGGUCUCGUUCACAGUCUUACAGCCCACGCUGAGAGCCUUCUGAGUAAGAAUUACGGGGCUUGCAGUCAAGAUGGUGGUAUGCCAGUGGUGGUUCUUUGCAAAGUGCACUUCCAAGUAUCAAAGUGAACGAUAAACAGUGUCCUUUUGGAGAUCCUGUUGCUCUCUUUGAAUUUUAAAUAUCAUGGAUUAGGCUAUGCUCUAGAAAUGCUUUGUACGUUUUUGUUGGAGUUGGGCUUUGUGAACAUCAAGUGCAAGAUGGUUGUUGGUUGUUGGUUGUUGGUUGCUGGUCACUCUUUCAAGUCCUACGUUCGACCUUAAUGCAUGGCUCUUAACUUUAUAUGUGUCUGGUUUUUCUUUAUUGUCGGUUUAAUGUGUAUUCCCGGGCUUAGACACCAGAUCAAUGUGUGGGGUUACCCAGUGCUUGGAGUCGGUCCCAGUUCUGUAUAAACUGCGGUUGAUCUGCAAUGAGCUACUCUGUCUCUUCCUUGUUA